GGAGGCCGCGCCAGAUCCCCGCGGAGCACCACGUACUGCACCAGCGCCGCCGCCAUGUUGCUGUACGGAACCGCGCGGGCUGCCGGGAUUAAGCGGAAAGUGAGGCAGACAGGGCGCCGCCAUCUUGUGUACGGAACGGAGGGCGGCGUGAUGACGCACUUCCGGCGGCGCUGAGGCGGGAAAGUUGAGCCCCAAAUCUUUGGGAUUUUCUGGGAAUUCCCAGCCAUGGAUCCUGGGAAAGAAGAGGAGGAAAAUGAAGAGAAAAUGGAAUUUUCACAGGGGGUCCUGUCCCACCUGGAGUCGCUGGAGCGCCGGGAGCGGGGCCGGGCCGUGCUGAGGGAGCAGCGGGAGCGGCAGCGGGAGCGCACGGAGACCCUCAGGGCCAAAAUCCAGCAGCUGGGACAGCUCAGGGACAGCCUGAGGGGGAAACUGCAAAUGAUGGCCCAGGACAAAUCAUCAAUUCCCUGGGAGCCGCGGGAGGUUUUGCUGUGGCGCAUCCGGCAGCUGCAGGAGCUGCUGAAACUCUUCCCCCUCACAGGGAUUUCAGGGAGGCUCUCGAGGCACGGCCUCUCGCUGUGCCUGCACACGUCCUUCGAGGGCGCCCUGCUGGACGCCUUCCCCCUGGAGCUGGAGCUGGAGCUGGAGCCGAUCCCGGAGCCGCGGUGCCCGCCCCGGUGCCCGUCCCGGUGCCCGUCCCGGUGCCCGUCCCGGUGCCGGCGGCUCCGCCUCGGCCGCCACGGCCUCCCCCCGUGGCUGCCCCUGCAGGGGCUGGGCCCGCACUGCCCGCCCGCCACCGCCAGGGGGCGCCUCAACCACCUCGGGGCGCUGCUCAGCGCCCGCGCCGCCAGGAGGGAGCAGAUCACGAUACUGCAGGGGCGCCUCAACCACCUCGGGGCGCUGCUCAGCGCCCGCACCGCCAGGAGGGAGCAGAUCACGAUACUGCAGCUAAUUCAGGAUAAAUUUGGGAUAAUUUUGGGACAAUUUUGGGACAGUUUUGGGCUCAUUCCCAGGGGUUUCCCCUCCCUGGCCCCACACUGCCCGCCCGGCACUGCCAGGGGGCGCCUGAAGCACCUCGGGGCGCUGCUCAGCGCCUGCGCCGCCAGGAGGGAGCAGAUCAGGAUACUGCAGGAGGAAUUUUCCGACUGCAUCCAAGGGAUUCCCUCCAGCAACUCCCUGUGCAACCUCCUCAGCUUCCGCUGCCGCCUGCCCGCCCACAAUUCCCAAAUUCCCAAAAAAAAUCCUGGAAUUCCCGGGAAAAAAUCCCGGAUUCCUGGGAAAAAGCCCAAAAAUUCCCAAAUUCCUGGGGAAAACUCGGAAAUUCCCGAGAAUGUUCUGGAAUUCCGGGCGCGGCUCCGGUACGGGGACCCCCUGAGGAGCCUCCCCACGGACGUGGAGAUCGCCAUGGAAGGUGAGAUUGGGGAAAAA